UGCGAAGUCAAAAUUGAGUAUAGUUUAGUGCGUAGACGUUGGAAAGUAUUAAAUGCAAGGAUUUAUUAGACUUUUGGAAAGGGACUCUUGAGAAGGGUUUACCUAAGGUCCUAAGCCCAGCCGUGCUUGGGGACUAAAUUUUCCAAUUAACCUAUUCAAUUUGCAAUUUAUUUUGGAUCACCACCUUCAACCAAUUUAUGCAAACCUUGCUAAACUCUUGCAAAACAGUUUGUUCUCUCUCUGUCAGGAACCAAAAGAUUUCCCGCCUAAAGUCGUUAGAAGCCUAAGUAACUAACUGAAACCCAAGCCUUAUUACUUCAUCAGCUCCUAGCAAGAAAACACUUGAAACGUUUUUCUCCAUCUCUAUAUUCUGCAAAUUUCUCUUUUUUUGUCUCUCUUAAGCAGCUUGAAGAAAAGCAAUCUCCUGAAAGAUGAUCCGACCUAGUCAUCUUCCGGUUUCGGUUCCAUGGGGUAACGAUGCCAAGAAGGAAAGAGGGGGCUUCCAGUCUCGAGUGUUUCCAUUGGCGGAGAGGUGGAUCCAUGUUAUUCCUGUGAUCGUCCUGCUCUGCUUCUUCAUUCUCUGGUGGUUGUCUUGUCCGGUGAAUGUGGAGAUCAAGGAUGGCAGAAUUGUGGCUAUACAUCGUGUUGAUAUGCAAUUGCCUCUUACUAAUUCUCAGAUUGAUGUGGCCAUCCUGGCGUCAGCUACAUCACCAAUUGCCUCAGUCCCACAGAAUCUCACAGGGAAUUUAUUCUGAAGCAGAUCUAGGGAGUAAGAGCAAAUGAAGAAUCAUUGCUUCUGAUUAGAAAAUAGUUUUAAGGAAUUCUCUUUUCUGUCAGUGUUGUAGUUACGUAGAGAUAGAACAUUUGCUCUAUCAUCAACAAACCAAAGAGAUAGUAAGGAAUAUAACUGUCCUUGAUUUUGUUUGCAUUGAAAUUACACAUGUAAACACCAUCAAGUGAAAAGAAUGAAUCAUGUAUUUGAUAAUGUGGUUCAAAGUUUGCUUUCCUGAGCCUGUUGGAUUACUUCCUCGAGAUUACGUCUGACCUCUGUUUUUCUAGACACCCAUAGCAUUAUCUUAUUCCUGUAUGCUGUAAGCCUUGGGCCAUUGUAAAAAAGAAGGUAGAAAAUCAUUAAACAAUGACCUAUGAUGAUCCCUUUUUCGGCCGUAAUUCACUAAUCUCACCCUCUCUGCAAUUUCCCACAGAUAAAACCAUUGUGUUAUUUUUAUCUGUUGGAAGAACUCUGCAACAAUCCCUCCUUGGCGACUGUAAAACGAAUAUUGGGGGUUCCGU